CUGUCACGGAAGAAUUGCGCGAGCAGCGAGCUGUCUGACGUCAGGAGGUUAUCAUGGAGGAAUACGCGCGUGAACCCUGUCCAUGGAGGAUAGUUGAUGACUGUGGCGGUGCAUUUACCAUGGGGGCCAUUGGAGGAGGGGUGUUCCAGUCUGUUAAAGGCUUUCGAAACGCGCCUGUGGGUGUACGACACAGGCUAAGAGGCAGCGCAAAUGCUGUGAGAGUAAGAGCACCACAAAUUGGAGGUAGUUUUGCUGUAUGGGGUGGGCUCUUUUCCACCAUAGACUGUGGUCUUGUGCGUUUGCGGGGUAAGGAAGACCCUUGGAACUCCAUCACCAGUGGAGCCAUGACUGGAGCUAUACUGGCUGCACGCAGUGGUCCGCUAGCCAUGGUGGGCUCUGCGAUGAUGGGGGGAAUUCUGCUUGCUCUAAUCGAGGGAUUCGGGAUUCUUCUUACAAGAUAUACAGCUCAGCAGUUUCAGAAUCCGAGUCCUUUUGUGGAGGACCCGAGUCAGCUUCCCCCGAAAGAAGGCCAAGAGACACGCAGUUAUGGACAGUAUCAGUAAAAUCACUGUUGCAGUGGUGACUGUGAAAAAAGAGAGGAUUGUUAGACGUUUAGGACCCUCAUCGUAGUUUACAGUCCCCCUCAUAGACAGGGGGAUCCUCCUGAACCUCUCAUCCUCUAUUAGAUGGCCACUCAGGGGCAAGCAGUAUGUCAUUUGUAUUAUGAAUUGUAAUAUACACUUGUGUUUUGUCCUGUUGAAAAUGGAAUAUUGUCACCCAAAGAUUUCCAUCAAGCAUGCUGAGACAGAACUCAGUCUACAUAUUUGUAUAGUUUGUGCAGGCCUGAUUGAACACCCCAUACUAAUACAAAUAUACUGCAUAGCUAGCUAGAACAUGCAGAGAUAUUCCAAGUAUGUAAUUACUUGCAAGAAGACAUGAAUGAUGAUUCCUGUGAAAGUUUAUUUUAAAAUAGUUCCAUUUUUGAUUUUUAUAUCACUGAUGCAGUGUUAUGCAAACAUCAAUAUAUAUUUAUAUAAAGUUUAUCUUAAUCUAAUACAUUGAGAUCUUUUAUAGUGAUUUUGGAUCUUUUCCAUUAAAACUACAUAACCUGUCCUCCAUUUCUUACUGAUAACAUUAAAUUAAUUUAUCUCCAAACCAUAAUGUGCAGUCAGGAGGGACACCAUUGUUAAAGAUGAUAUUCAAACUUUAAUGUUCCUCUACCAAAGUAACUUUAAGUAAUUCAUCCUCUCCAUAUUUUCAGUCUCUCCAGUUUGGUACUGAUUAUUUUCCUAUGCUUUCUUUAUCGCAAUCUUUGUGCAAUGUCUUGUAGGGUUUUUUUUUUGUUUUGUAUUUGUAUUUUUGGAGCACUAUAGAGACGAGAAGAGGAUAUGUAUGUAUAAGUAACCUGUCUCAAUAAAGUAUUUUAUGGUUGAUGCUCAGAUGUAUGUUUUAGAGAUGUUAUUAGGUGUUAUAAUGUAGCAGGAACCCCAUUGUAUUUAUACUAUUUUGCCAAUUUUGUUCUGCCCUAAAAGUGUCUGGAUGUUAGAGACCGUAAGUCAUGGAAACCCCAAACGUACAUUUGCAAUUU